AUAAUAGUUGGCCCCUAUAAAUUGGAAAUAAUUUUUUUGGUGCAAUCCUUACUUUUCUUAGCUUGUCAGUAACUAAUAGCAAAUAAUACACCAAUACAUAGUACUAGAAAUAUUGUCCAUUGUUUUUUCUACCAUGAAGUAUAUUAUAACUAUAUAGAUUAAUAGAUAUACAUGGACCUUACAAUUUAGUCUCAUUAUAUUACACAAGUAACGUUAUAUAUUUAAGGGUUUAGUUGUUUAUUAUUAGACCUACUUUUAAUUUUUGUUGUAGUUAGUAAGGAGGAAUUAAUAUCAUGAUAAGUUUAAGCGGUGAGUCUAGCGAUGCCUCUUCUGAGGCAUCUACUGGUGGUGGUAGGGAGUUUGAGAUAGCAAGAGUUUUGGCUAGCUUAGGGAACAAUAAUGAUAUUGAUCAUGAGGCGGCGGCCGCGGCGGAAGAGGAGGAGGAGGAGGAGGAGGUGGUGGUUAAAGAAAGUAGUGGCGGCCGUGGCGGCGGCUGCGGUGAGUGUAUGGAAGGACAAGGAUUUGAUGGUAAUAAUAGGUGGGGGAGUAAAGGGAAGCGGUGGAAUAAUAGUAAUAGUAAUAGUAAUAGUAAUAAUAAUAAUAAGCGUGUUAAGGAGGUUUCUUCAUUGUCACAACUUCAUUCUUCUUGUCAUUCUCCUUUGCCUUUUGAUCUAAAUCUGGAUCAAGCUACUGUAUUUCAAGAUGAGUUUUGUGUGGAUAAUGAUGUGAAAGUUGAGGAAGUUUACGAAUCAGCUGAAGCUGGUCCUGUUCGCAAUCAACCGUAUAAUGGUGGGAGGUCAAGACAUAAUCUAACUGAGGCGGAAAAGGAAGCGAGAAGAGUACGUAGAAUAUUAGCUAAUAGAGAAUCAGCUAGACAAACAAUACGUAGGAGACAGGCUUAUUAUGAAGAACUAACAAGAAAAGCUGCAGAGUUGGCUUCUGAAAAUGAGAGUUUAAAAAGAAGCAAGGAGUUGGCAGUCAAGGAGUUUCAGUCUCUUCAUGUAACAAACAAAAAUCUCAAGGGGAAGUUGUCUCAAACAUUAGGCUUUAGACUUGGAGAAAGUAAGGAACAAGCUGAAUCAUCCUGUACUGAAACACAAUAUCUAGGAAACUGCUCACAAUAUAUGUACAACACUUUAUCAGCAAAUUCUUUUGUAUUCCCUGCAUGUAUGCCGCCCUCAGAUUUGAACGUAGUAUGUCAAUCAAGCCAACAACUUUACAAUCCCAACAUGCUUACCGAGCAAGAGAAUGCCUCGAAUAUCAGUGGACAAAAUAUGCCCUGGUGUAUAUUACCCUGUCCAGUGCUGCUUCCGGUAUCCAGCAUAAAGAACGGGAACCACCAACUUCCUUCUUUCCUUCUGAAAGAUAAAGACGAAGGCAGUUCUGUUGAUUCUAAACAUGCUCAUAGUCCGUGUUCAGUUAUUCGUUGCCUACACAACUGUUCUGUGGUUAUGCCAGAAGAUAAGAGGAGUCCAUUGUCGUGCUGCUCGAGAGGUAGGUUUUCCUUAGAGCGAGAGGAUUGUAUCACUCCACAUUCUCAACUGAAGCCCGAUUUUGAUACUACACCAGAAAAGAAAAAAGAGCGCACUUUGGAGAAUAAAGAGAGUAGUACAGUUGCAGGAGCAGAGGCCAGGAGAAAGCGGAAGGAGUUGAUGAAACUGAAGGGCCGCCUCCACUGCCAUCUGUUUGGGCGAGAAAAUGGCUAAGAUAUGAACUUAUAUGUUCCUUAUACUUAUUUCUAACUCAGUGAUGGACGUUUUAUUCUCAUUUUAAAGGGAAUAUACUUUCACCCCCCUCAGAGCCAUGCACGACAGGGGACCUAAUGAUGCGCACGGUUGGUUGAACAAGGCUGUGAAGACAUAAUGGUGUACCAUGCUGGUUGGAUAAGACUCCAGUGGCUUACAAUGGUUGGUAGUUACUUGCUUCUGUUGGUGGCUAAAAGAGCAUUUAGUAAGGGGAAACCAUUUUGUUUUGUAGGCUUUCAUCAAAACAAGGGAGAGUUCAAGAUCACUUGAAGCAAGUAUGUGGCUGAAAUUCUUAGGAUUUUAGUAGUUUGUAAAUUGAUCUGUACUACUAGCAGGCUGUUUUCAAGAAAUAUUGUUAUGUUGGCUUUCAUCAUGUAUGGGCAAGACUGCAUAGAAGUGAAGCCCAAGGUUUUUCUUCUUUUAUAAUGUUUUCAUUUUUGAAAUCGUAGUCGUUUUUAUGCUAAUGAAGCCCGAAAGUGGCUGAAACUUGAGAUGUUUGUACGGAA